AUGGCCUCCACCAACCCCACCACCCUCCCACCGCCUCCGCAGCUGACCCCCGCCGGCGAGAACGGGGAGGCGUCGCCGGCGCCGUCGGAGGAGGAACUGUCGCAGUCGCCGGCGUUGAGGCCCUCUGUGGCCUCCAUUUCUCUCUCCCUCUCCUCUAUCCUCUCCGCCCCCAAGGUCUCUCCUUCUGUGGCGGCCCUCCCUUCCAAGGUCAGUAUUCCGUCUCAGAUCUCCGCAAUCUCCCACCUCUCCCUCUCCUCUUCUUCCUCCGCUGCCUCGAGGCCGUCCUGCAAUUCCCGGUCCGCCGCCAUAUCCGCCUUCCCCCUCCAGAACCCCCUCCGUCACAUCACCCGCCGCCCGGGUGAGCCCACCAACCCCGCGGGCGGUCGCCGCUGCACGGUUGUCUGGUUCCGUAAUGAUCUGCGAGUCCAUGACAACGAGGCCCUGACCACAGCCAGCAACGAUUCCCUCUCCGUCCUCCCCGUAUACCUCUUCGACCCGCGGGACUACGGCAAAUCCUCCUCUGGCUUCGAUAAGACGGGUCCUUACCGCGCCACUUUCCUCCUGGAGUCCGUCCGCGACCUCCGGAACAACCUGAAAGCUCGUGGAUCAGAUCUCGUCGUGAGGAUCGGGCGGCCUGAGACAGUGCUCGGGGAGCUGGUGCGGGCGGUGGGGGCGGAUGCGCUAUACGCGCACCAGGAAGUGUCCCAUGACGAGGUACGGACGGAGGAGAGAGUGGGAAAGGCAAUGGAGGAGGAAGGCGUGGAGGUGAAGUACUUCUGGGGAAGCACAUUAUACCACAUCGAGGACCUACCUUUCGAUCUGCAGCAGAUGCCAUCGAACUAUGGAGGUUUCAGAGAGAAGGUGCAGGGGUUGGGGGUGAGAAAGACGAUUGAGGCGCUGGAUCAACUCAAGGGAAUCCCAGCAAAAGGGGACGUAGAACCAGGGGAUAUUCCAACCUUGAUGGACCUUGGCCUUACUUCACCGACGGCAGUGACUCAGGUGCCUCAUUUUUCCUUGUUGAAGUUCUCUUAUUUGACCUUCUGAUCGAAACUCUAUUGUAUUAUUUUUUUAUAUAUCUUUAAAAACGUGGAAUUUCCAUGAUUGCUGUGAUCUGGUUCCGACUAUGAUAUAUUAGAACGAUAUGGAUUUUAAGACUUUAGUAUCUCAAAGUUUUCUAUGGUGCCAUAGUGGGGCUGGUCCAACCAUUUAGAUUGAAGGAAGUUAAAUCCGGUUAAAUAUACACUGAAAAAUUUCCCAACAAUGCUGGAGAUGAAGUUCUGUUUCUGUGACGAGACACUGGAGCCAAUUCCAGCCAACUGUUAUCCAUUCCAAACCCGAGUAUAGAAUUUGUGUUGUAGACUUGUCGUGGUUGUUAUUAUUGGGCUUCAAACACAGGCCAUGCGAAAGCCAUAACUCUUCAUGAGCUUCCACUGUUAUUCCUUCCAUAGAAUUCAUGCACAUAUACAUGGUAAUAACUGUUGAAUCCGCAUUAGAAAGAAUGAUAUCUUUGAUGGGAAUCGGUCUCUCCUUAUUCUUAUUGCUGGACCUCAAGCAGGCCAUGAUUCUGUUUUAAUGGUAUCUUCGUACGCAGUAAACUGAUUGCAUGAUUCAAACUUGCAUAUACACGACAAAGAGAGCACAAUUAUCGUUUUCAGUGCAAUAUAUGAAUCUUAGUUUGAAAAAUAAGAUGCUUAUUGUGGUGAAUUACGCAAUCUUAUUUUUGACCUGCUGUCCUAGCCUCUGACUUGCGACGACUAUGAUGCAUUUUCAAUGGAUUUGCACGCCCCAUGCUUGACUUUAAUGGGUAUCAAGUCCCAGAUUCAUAUUCUGUGGUUCUUUUGUCUUUAAUUCGCAAUUUUGAUAGAAUGUUUUCUGAGAAAUGAAGGUCGAUAAUUUUUUUAUUAUCUACGUUUGCCACCAUAGCUCUCCUACUGAAACCCGCUUCCUCUUGAUAGAAUGUUUUGCAGCCCAAAGAAAUCCUCCAUCUCAGAGAUUGGUGGCUUUGUUCAGUGCUUCCAGCUCCGUCCCUGCUUCAAACCAUUUUGUCUUCUACAUAUUACCAUAUCCCUAGAGUCAAUAAUUUCUCUAAAUCUAAAACUAGUGCUGAGGAAAACCACACAAUCUCUGAGAUCGAGUUCUAGACUUUGGCCGUGAAUUAUUUGCUAUAGUUGGAACGCACAUUUACCUUUUGAAUCAACAUGCUCAGGGUACAAUUGUUUUUUAUUCAAACCCAUUCCCGAUUCUCAUCUCUUCACGAUUCACACUUCCCGCAUAUUAGAGUCAAAUCUCUGAUAAAAUGAUCAUAUGCCCUCGUGGUGAAUUAUUAGGAUAUUAGGCCCGCCAGCAAUGCAUCUCUAAUUGGUGGCGAAAGCCAAGCGCUGGAGAAACUCAAGCGGUUCGCUGCUGAAUUCCGGACUCAUCCAAACAAGGGAAACAAGGAUGGCAACCAGGACAGCAUUUAUGGUGCGAAUUUUUCCUGCAAGAUCUCCCCAUGGCUAGCCACGGGCUGCCUCUCCCCACGCUUCAUGUUUGACGAACUGAAGAAGACGGCCACAAGGUACCCAUUCCGCAAGAACUGGGAAAUGCCUCCGAAUUCGAAUUUUUAUUCAGCCAAAUAAGGAUGCCCAGAUUCUACUCCUGAUCUCUGUUGUCUCGAUUUUCUUAGAACAAUCUCUGCUGCCUCUGCUCCCAACAAGGGGGGGAUGAAUUGGCUGAUGUUCGAGCUGCUUUGGAGGGACUUCUUCAGGUGAUUAGAUCUUCUCGAGGAAAUUAAUAUAUCUGGGCCAUCUGCUGGAAGAUUUCCAUAAUCGCGGAAAUUCUCUCUGGGUAUCCAUCUCCAGGUUCAUCACCAAGAAGUACAGCUCCAGGAAGAAGGUCGAGGCCGUACCCGCCACCGCUUGCACCGGAGCACUGCUCUGA